UCAACGCACAGGCUGGCCUUCCUGUUUCGAUGCUGACAGCUGCUUCCUCGUACUUCAUAUUCGUUUCUCUCCUGUGAAAACCCAGUCUUCUUGUUCUUUCGCAAUUAGCAACCUUCAUUGACUUUCCGCGAUGACAGCUCUUCCCCUCGCUGUUCCCGCCGCAGCUGCAGGCCUGGCUUAUCUCAACGCCCGCCAUGGUAUUAGCUACGACUGGCCGAUGCUCUCUUCCUUCAUCUCAGCGACCGUUCGCAUGAUACGCGCAGAACGCCGCGAUCAGCUCAACGUCUUCUACGAACUGGAAGCGCUCGCUCAGGGUCCUCGAGCAGACCACCCAUGGAUUAUCUUUCACGGACGGACAUGGACAUACCAUCAGGCGUACGACAUUGUCCUGAGAUACGGCACAUGGCUGAAAAGCAAGGGCGUUCAGCAGGGCGAGAUUGUCGCCAUGGACUUUGUCAACUCAGAGACGUUUAUCUGGAUCUGGUUCGGUCUGUGGAGUAUCGGCGCAAAGCCAGCCUUCAUCAACUACAACUUGACGGGCAAGUCGCUCAUAGACACAAUCAAGAUGUCAACAGCGCGCCUGGUGCUCGUUGACGAAGAGAGCAAGGCUAACUUCGCGGAACACGUCAUGGCAGAGCAUGGCUUCGUCCCUGCACCUGCGACGAUAGCAGACGGGCAACAGGCGAACUACGGCUUUGAGAUGGACCAAAGUGAAGUGCCACGCUCCGUCAAGAGCCAGGCAUUAGCACAAGUGCAACAGCAGGGCAUUACUGCAACUCCACAAAAGAGACAGCUCGAAGUCGUCUUCUUCGAUAAGCAGCUGCAGGACUCGAUCCUCAUGCUCCAGCCGAUCCGUCAACCCAACUCCUGCCGCGCCGACCAGAAGCGCAACACCAUGGCAAUGCUCAUCUACACAAGUGGUACUACCGGAUUGCCCAAGCCUGCCGUCGUGACGUGGGCCAAGUGCAAUGGCGGUGCAAAGUUCGUCUCUAGCUGGCUCGACAUCAAGAACGACAUAAUGUACACCUCCAUGCCACUCUACCACUCCUCUGCCUCCAUCUUGGGCGUAUGCGCCGUGCUCCGUGCCGGCAGCACCAUCUGUCUUUCUUCCAAAUUCAGUCACAAAACCUUCUGGCCCGAGAUAAGAUCCAGCAAAUCAACAAUCAUCCACUACGUUGGCGAGACCUGCCGCUACCUGCUCUCCGCCCCUCCUUCUGCCCUCGACAAAGCGCACCAUGUCCGCGCGGCCUUUGGCAAUGGUCUACGCCCUGAUGUCUGGGAGCCGUUCAAGGAACGGUUUGGCAUCAAUACCAUUUUCGAAUUCUAUGCAGCCACAGAAGCACCAGGUGGAAUGUGGAACCGCAGCGACAACCCUUUCUCCUCCGGCGCCAUUGGACGAAACGGAACACUUGCUUCACUUCUGUUCUCCCCAGGCAUGUGCGUCGUACGUACCGACCCUGACGCCGAUGGUGCACAGCCGCUGCGCAGCAAAGACACCGAAUUCUGCCAAGUGUGCGACUGGAACGAGGCUGGCGAGUUGCUGUACAAACUGGAUCCUGCGAACAUCGAACUGAAGUUUCAAGGCUACUUUGCGAACGACAAGGCGACGACCAGCAAGAUUGUCAGGAAUGUGAAGAAGUUGGGCGACGCAUACUUCCGCUCCGGAGACCUCGUGCGAUGUGACAAAGAAGGGAGAUGGUGGUUCGUAGACCGCAUCGGCGACACAUUUCGCUGGAAAUCCGAGAACGUCAGCACAGCAGAAGUCGCGGAUGCAAUCGGUCGACAUGCCGAGGUUGAUGAAGCAGCUGUCUACGGUGUCCAAGUCCCAGGCCACGAUGGGCGGGCUGGGUGUGCCGCUGUUGUGCUGAACGCAUCUGCAUUGUCCACGUCUGCCAACACUGAGAAAGGUAUAGCAGUCAAAGGCGAUGUGUUGGAGUCACUCGCUACACAUGUGACGAAAGAGUUGCCGGCGUUUGCGAGACCCAUAUGGAUCAGGAUCACCAAGCAAUUGCAGACCACAGGGACGAACAAGCAGCAGAAGCACCUGUUACAGAAGGAUGGAAUCGACCUGCAGGCGGUCGAACAAGCCGGCGAUGCACUGUACUGGCUCAGCGACGGGAUGUAUGUACCUUUCACGGCCAAGGAGCUGAAGAAGAUUGAAGGUGGCGGAGUGAAGCUCUAGAUGCUGUGGUUGUCGUAAGUCCUGUCAUUUGGCUUCUGGACAUCUCGUUCCAUCAGAUACGUUGCUGCGUAUCUCAACAGACUCGUUUCCCAAGUCCAGUCCACCUCGACAUCUUCCAUAACGUUCUUCAAUUGCCUUGGUCAUCGUCAAUGUUUUCAGGUUUUCCCCAACCAUCACUGUACAUAAAGGUCAUCCUUGAA